CCAAAUAAUAGAUGUAGUUUUCAGACAACAUCUGACUCAAGCUGAGAGGUUGUUAUUCCAAACCCUCUUGAAGAGGAAUCAUGGUUAUACACAGGAUUAAAAUGCUAAUUUUUGCACUCCUGUGCUUCAUUGUUCCUGUCCAUUCAUCUCAAUUACCAAAUGCCACCAUCAUGGAUCUCUCUUACAAAAACAUGGACUUUGCUAUGAACCUUUACAGAGAAAUCGCCAACUAUCAUGACAAAAACAUCUUUUAUUCACCGCUGAGUGUUUCUACAAGUUUUGCUGCUCUCUUAAUGGCUACUGAUGGGAUCACACACAAGGAGAUCCUCAAAGUGUGCAACCUGGAGCAGCUCGAGGUGGACGACCAGCCACAGCUUAUCCCGAGACUUUUCCAAAAUCUUCAAGACAACAUCACACACAACGGAUCUCUGCAGGUGGAGCAGAGCAUGGCUCUCUUUAUCCGACAGCACUUUGAAGUCGAGAAGACAUUUGAAGACGAUUUGAAGAAUUUUUUUCAAGCGGACAUCAAUGUUUUAGACUUCGGGAACACAAAGGAGACCAUCAAAAGCAUCAAUGACUAUGUGAGACAGAAGACUGCAGACAAGGUUCCUGAAAUGAUUUCCUCUUUAAAUGCAAUGACUCAACUCCUGCUGAUCAACACCAUCUUCUUCCAGGGAGCUUGGCAGAUGCCUUUUAAUCCUAACUUCACUGAUAACGCACCAUUCCACAUCGACAACUACAACAUUGUGCAAGUUCCCAUGAUGUUUGUAGAGGGUAGAUUCUACACUAUGGAGGAUGAGCCUCUGGGAGCUAGAGUCCUCAAGUUACCGUAUAAGGGUGGGGUUUCCAUGCUAAUCCUGCUACCCAACAAAAAAACUGACUACACUACAAUCGAUAAUGAGAUCACGGCCCAGCGGUUCCUGAGCUGGAUCCAAAAUCUGGAAGAAAUGAAACUUGAAGUCAACAUGCCAAAGUUCAAAAUGGAGCGAGGCUACUCUUUGCACAACAUCCUGCCAGAAAUGGGCAUGACCUCACUUUUUACUGAUGUAGCCAAUCUGGCGAGGCUAAGCAAGGCUGGAGGCCUCAGAGUCUCUGAGGUGCUGCACAAAGCUGUGAUCGAGGUUGAUGAAGUUGGGACGACUGCUGCAGCUGCCACAGCAACCGGCAUCAUACCGUACGCCCUUCCAAAGAGAUUUACUAUCAACAGGCCGUUCUUCUUCUUCAUUUAUCACGAGGAAACAAACGCUCUGCUGUUUAUGGGUAGAGUGAUCAACCCCACUAAAAACUAGUAAUGACCACUGUUGCUGUUUGACCUCUGCUGCAGCUAAAGAGGAUGUUUUCCGUCUGUAAAAUCCCUUAGAUUAGAAUUGAGCAAAUGUUUACUUUGAUUUGUGUCGUUGCGUUUAAUCAGUUUUGACUGAUGCUUUGAUAACUAUUGAAAAAGUAAUUUAUAUGAAUUGGAAAAUAGUUAUCAUAAAACAAAAACAUUGAAUUUGUUCUCUUUUUAUAUUGAACUUUGUCAAAAAUGAAGUCAUGGAUGAAUGCAAACUCUCAGCUAGCAUGAAGCUUGUUUUCAUUUGUUUGUUUUUUGUUCAACAUUUAGUGAUUCUGGGUUUACCAUCAGUUCCUUUUUUUAGUUUGUAGUUAAUAAAUAACUAACUGAUAAA